CAAAUUUCAUUCCGUCUAACUUGAUGAUAGUACGCACCUCCAAGACCAUCAUCAUCGAACUCGGCGCGGUACUUCUGUCGUCCCGCAGACGACAAACCUAGUUGUGCUUCCAGCCAGGAGAUUUUCUUGAUGUCUUGUACUUCUGCGGGGUCUUUGAACACGAACUCGGGGAGCCCGUUCGAUGGUCUGGGUUUGUCGAGUUUCUUUUCUCUGGUGAGUUCCACAGGGGAAUCUCCUGAUUUACUUAUGGAGAGUUUUGGGGUGGAUGAGCCAUUCGUUUGCUUUGGCAAUGGGCGUAGGUCUGAUGGACCUCCUGAGGCGUCGAAGGUGACUUUUCUCUUCUUUUUCGACUCCGGUGGGUUGUCAUCUGCCAACCUCUCAGUGGUGGAAACGGUUGGGACAGUACUACCAUCGUUUAGGGAGGCAAUUGUUCGACGACCCUUCCAUUUCCUGUUGUGUUCAUCCUUUCGCUCUUUCUUGGCUUUACGGGCCUGCUGCCGCAAGAGCUUGCGGGAGACGCUGUGGCGCUUAACAUUUGAUCCUCCAAAGCGACUGGAGUCCUGGUCUGGUGGAGAUUAUCCCCCUCAUGUCCAUGUGGCAAAAAAAAAAUACCUUGAUCCUCCUCUGAUCGUUCCUGGGAUAACUGGAUGGCAGAACGUUUGGUUUUCAUGAGUUCAAUUAACGCAUUUAAUUCAAUGUUUUUGGCUUGAUGUGACUUUAUGUCACGUUACGUCUCGUGACAGUUCGUCACGUCCUCGCACAUGUUCGAAACGCCAAAGACUAACCGCACGCGCCCGCAGAAGGCCUACACCGCGCGAGAAAAGUCCCAAAUACUAGAGAACCUUGAUAUUGAGUUUGAGGCACGUCUGAAAGGAAUCCGUAUCGAGCUAGAUCAAUGCCUAGAUCGUAUUCUCUUCGUGUCUCGCAAUCGUAUUACCAGGAUAUCAGAAGCGGCUCGCAACAUCACGCUGAGGGAAUUCGGUGCGACCUAUGGCGGAAACUAUGACCAGUUAGUACGGGGCAUCGCCACGAUGAAUACGAAAGACCUCGACAAUUUACCUCCUCCUACGGUGUCAAAGAGGUAA